UUCCAGUGAUGGUCGCAGCAGCAGAGGCAUCGUGGUGAAGGAGUCUCCGGCGUGGACAAACAGCAGCCGCUUCUUUUUCUGGACUUUAUCCUCGGUUGUUUGUUGUAACAGCUUCCCGCAGUUUGAGGUUUGAGGAGCUUUAAACUCGACCAGUCGGAGGAAACCGUCAGAAAUUCCGCGACAAGAUGCCUCAUCGGAAGAAGAAGUCGUUCAUUGAAAAGAAGAAGGCCGUGACCUUUCACCUGGUUCACAGGAGUCAGAGGGAUCCGCUGGCUGCAGAUGAGAAAGCGCCACAGCACGUCCUCCUGCCGGCCACCCAGUUGGAAGCAGAGAAGAGACGCGAGGAGCAGAGGAAAUUUGGGGUUUUCUUUGAUGAUAAUUACGACUACCUGCAGCACCUGAAGGUGGCGUCGGCCCCGUCUGAGCUGGUGGCAGCCGGACCCUCGCACACCGACAGACAAGUUGUUCAGCUCCAUGAUGAGGAGGAUGGAGACACGGACCAGACCUUUCCUGCAGCUUCCAUCAACCUGCCCUCUUCAGUGUUCGCCUCGGAGUUUGAGGAGGAGGUGGGACUUCUGAACAAAGCUGCUCCCGUCUCAGGACCACGCCUGGACAUGGACCCUGACAUCGUGGCCGCCCUCGACGAAGACUUCAACUACGACGACCCCGACAACAUCCUGGAUGAUGACUUCAUCAUCAAAGCGAACAGUGCGAGCGGCACCGUGGAGCUGGAAGGAGACUAUGAUGAAGAUGGCGAUGAUGACGAUGAGUGGGAGGACACGGAUGAGGAAGGCGACUUUGACUCUGAGGGAGGAUUCUCUGGCGACGAGGACAUGGAAGGACAACGUCGAGAGUUUCUGUUCAUGGAUGAGGAGACGAAGAGUCGAUUCACAGAGUACUCGCUGACGUCGUCUGUGAUCAGGAGGAACGAGCAGCUCACCUUGUUAGACGACCGCUUUGAAAAGUUUUACGAACAGUUCGACGACGAUGAGAUUGGCGCUCUGGACAACGCCGAGCUGGAGGGCUUCAUCGAGCCGGACAGCGCUCGCCUGGAGGAAGUCAUAAAAGACUACUUCAAACAGAAAGAGAAAGAGUUCCAGAGACCCGAUGACUUGGGUCCCAAAGAACUUCCUGUUGUGAAGGAGGAGGAGGAGGAUGAAGAGGAGGAAGAGGAGAUGGACACUGUUGUUAUCGAGGCUCCAGAGGAGAAGUGGGACUGUGAGACCAUCAUCAGUACGUAUUCCAACAUUUAUAACAGACCCAAAGUGAUUGAGGAGCCACCAAAGCCGAAGCCAAUCCACGUGUCCAGUAAGACGGGCAUCCCUCUGGACGUCCUCCCCGCCAGAGGCCUGACAGCCAAGCAGGCGGAGCGCAUGACGAUGAUCAACGACUCGGACCUUCCUCGCGUCUCCACCCAGCCCCGGAAUAAAGAGGAGAGCAAGGAGGAGAGGAAGGCACGGAAGCAGGCCAUCAAAGACGAGCGCAAGGAGAGGAGAGCGGAGAAGAAAGCCAACAAGACGGCGUUCAAGGAAGAAAAACUGCGACAGGAGAAGCAGAUGUUGAACCUGAGAACGAACAUUCAAGGCCUGAAGCUUUAGCGGCUGACAGCCGACGCUCUGCCCGCACAGA